UGUGUCAGCGCUAUGUGUGGUGAAUGGAGGAAGCGCCGUGUCGCUAUUCGACGGUUUCUUUCCCUCGUGAACUUUUGUCUUCCGCUGCGCCGCAGGGGAUGUCAGCGGACCGCCGACCAGCUCCGUGAUUUGAGUCCAGAGUCGCAUGGUGCAUACAGCCAGCUGCCGACCGCGGGUCUCAUGGGGCGUCAGAAGGCCAGCGCUGAGCCGUAGCCGUGGAGGAGUCACACCCAACUGCAUCACCGUUAGUCGGUCCCCCGGGACACGCUUCUGGAGUCCUGAACCCGAGCCGUCAGAGAGCUUCACUGACCCGUCUGAGGGCUGUUCAAUUAGUGGACACUAGAAGCCAUACCGAGAAGCCCCCCCCCCCCAAAGCUAUAGAAGCUGCUGGUCUCUCUCUCUCUCUCUGUCUCUGUCUCUGUCUCUGUCUCUGUCUCUGUCUCUGUCUCUCUCUCUCUCUCUCUCUCUCUCUCUCUCUCUCUCUCUCUCGCCCACUGUCGCCAUGGAGGCAGUGGGGAAGUUUGACUUUGAUGCGUCGUCACCCACUGAGCUGAGCUUCAGGAAGGGGGACGUCCUAAAGAUCCUAUCCUCCAACAACGGCUGGUACAAUGCUGAGAUGCAGGGCCAGGAAGGCUUCGUGCCUCAGAACUACCUGGACGUCCACAUGCCAAGGUGGUUCCAGGAGGACGCCAGUCGCAGCUCCGCCGAAGAGGACCUGAUGACGAAGGGCGUCGGAUACUUCCUGAUCCGCGGCAGCCAGAGCUCUCCGGGGGACUUCUCCAUCUCCGUCAGGCACGAGCACGACGUGCAGCACUUCAAGGUCAUCAAGGACAACCUGGGCCAGUACUUCCUGUGGGCCGAGAAGUUCACCUCCUUCAACCAGCUGGUGGACUUCUACAAGUCCACCUCCAUCUCCAAGCAGAGGCUGAUCUACCUGAAGGACGGCUCCGAGGACAUCCGGGCCCCCAACGCUCACCAGAACGCGGGGGUGGUGUUGGCGCCGGAGCCGACCGACCAGUUUGAAGCAGCUGGGAGGCGGAGCCCACUCGCGGGAGGGGCGGGGCCUGCAGCGGCCCCUCAGAGGGUGGCCCCUGCACAGAUGAAGGCCUCCUUCCAGGUGAAGGUAGCCCCCCUCCCGGAGAGGGCAGACCCCACCCAGGGCAGGGGAGCCCCCGUACAGGUGAGAGCGGACCCUACCAGGGGCAGGGGAGCCCCGCUACAGGGGAGGCCGGCCUCGGCCCAGAUGAGGGCGGGCUCGGCCCAGGUGAGGCCGGCCUCCGUCCAGGUGAGGCCGGCCUCCGUCCAGGUGAGGCCGGCCUCCGUCCAGGUGAGGCCGGCCUCUGUCCAGGUGAGGGCGCUGUACAGCUUCCAGGUGGAGGAGGAGGACGAGCUGGGGUUCUGUGCUGGUGACGUCAUCGAGGUGCUGGACUGCCGCGAUCCGUCGUGGUGGAGGGGCCGGCUGAGAGGGAGGAGCGGCCUGUUCCCCGCCAACUACACCACGCCGAUCUGAGGAGCAGGGGGAGGAGGAGGAGGAGGAGGAGGAGGAGGAGGAGGGGGAGCAGGGGGAGGGGGAGGAGGAGGAGGAGGAGGAGGGGGAGGAGGAAGAGGGGGAGGAGCAGGGGGAGGGGGAGGAGGAGGAGGAGGAGCAGUGAGGAGCAUUGAUCCAAGGUGUUACUGAAGACCAAACCUUCAUCUCAGGGGCGGUUCUAGGGGGGGGGCCAGCAGAGGCCAGUGCCCCCGUAAAACUGAGCUCGUACCCCCCCCCCCCUCGAAAUGUUUUUUUCUUUUUACGUCGGGGAUCAAUUGCUUGCGAUGGUGUGGCACUGACGCACAGGUUGGAACUUGAGAUUUAUAACAUGUCAUACUGACUUUACUGCUGUUGGGGAUGAAUGAUACUGAUGUCAGUGAAGGAAACCCAAAAUGUUGUAAUAUUGACAAUUGCUUUAGCCAAUGAAACAUUUCAAAUGUAUAAUAUUGACAAUUGCUGUAACUGAAGGAGACACUUAAAUGCUAAUAAAUAGAUAAUAAAUGCUGCAACGGGAAAAAGCCAA